AUGGAGAGCAACGGCGAGAAUAACAAGAAGAAAGUUACGAGUAAAUCACCAUCCUUCAGCCUACGGAGCCCGAGCUUGAACGCUCUUCGUCUCCAACGCAUUUUCGACUUAUUCGAUCACAACGGCGACGGUUUCAUCACCCUCGAGGAGCUAAGCCAAGCUCUCUCUCGUCUCGGCCUCAACGCCAAUCUCACCGACCUCAAAUCCACCGUUGAAUCCUACAUACAACCUGGAAACGCCGGUCUCAACUUCGAAGACUUCUCCUCUCUCCACAAGACGCUUGACGAUUGUUUCUUCGGUGGAGACGAUGAUCUUUCCUCCCCCGCCGCGGCCGCAGCCGAUGAAUCUGAUCUCGCGGAGGCGUUUAAGGUGUUUGAUGAGAAUGGUGAUGGAUUCAUCUGCGCUAGGGAGUUGCAGGCGGUUUUGAAGAAGCUUGGGUUGCCUGAAGGAGGUGAGAUGGAGAGAGUGGAGAGGAUGAUCAUUUCCGUUGACCGGAACAAGGAUGGUCGUGUUGACUUUUUUGAAUUCAAGAACAUGAUGCGCACCGUGAAACAGAUUUCGUGA